AUGUAUGUUUGUUUGAGGCUUUUGAAAGAUGGUUUCUUUAAGGGUUGUAGGCCAAUCUUUGGGGUGGAUGGCUGCCACUUGAAAGGAGCUUACCCAGGGCAGAUUUUAGUUGCAGUGUCCAAAGAUGGAAACAACAACAUUUACCUUAUUGCUUGGGCAACUUGUGAGGUUGUAAAUAGGGAAACUUGGGUUUGGUUCCUGGAAUCACUAAUGCAUAGCCUUGGGAGUGCAGAUUGGUCAUGCUUCACCUUCAUGUCAGACAAGCAUAAGGGACUGGUUGAAGCUCUAGCUCAAGUUGUGCCAAAUGCAGAAACAAGGUUCUGUGUUAGGCAUAUUUGGCUUGAGUAUGAAAUACUAAUGCAACAGAUUAAGGAGCUUGAUGAGGAGGCUUAUGAUUACUUGAACAAUAUCCCUACUCAACACUGGUGCAGACAUGCAUUCAGUGACAAUUGCAGGUCCAACAUGUUACUAAACAACAUGUGUGAGACUUUCAAUGCAGUUAUUAGAGAUGCAAGGGACAAACUUAUCCUCACCCAAAUGGAAUGGAUGAAGAGGUACAUGAUGAGGAGAAACAAUGAGAAGUGGGAGGACUCCAAGGAAAUCACAAGCAACUUGACUCCAUAUGUUCAUAAGCUGUUUCAAAGGAUGAGCUAUGUGUCUAAGAAUUGCAUUGUUCAAGCUGCCAAGGAUGACACUUAUGAAGUGCAAUUGAAGGAUGACCAGGUUCUAGUUGACUUGGGAAAUGGGACUUGUUCCUCCAAUCAUUGGCAGCUUACAGGCAUCCCAUGUGUUCAUGCCUUUGCAUGCAUAAUGGAUCAAUGA